AUGUCAGCUCAGGCAGACGACUUGCUUCUCAGCCUCCAGUCUUCACUCCGCAAUGCGCUUGCAACGUUCGGCGCCAACAGCACUCAGUACCGUACCAUCAAGCUGAUAGUUGACGAGUAUGAGGCUAAGCUCGCUAUGGAGGGGCUUUCGAUCUCUUCAAGCGAGCCACAAGAGAACGGCGAGAAGAUGCAGACAGGCUAG